AUGAUGAGUCAUGGUGAUCAAAAUGAUGACGAGUUUGUGGAUGGGUUUACUUCUCCUCUGCACAUUCUUGGUGAAACAAUAGACGAGAACAGAUUCCUCAGGUUUCAGUACAUUCUGAAUGCAGCAACCACACCCUGCUCAAAAAUAAAUGACGAGUCUCUUACAUACCUCAAUCAAGGUCAAUCAUACGAGUUAAAAUUGAAACGAUUGGGGGAUGCCAUAACUGGUGAUCGUUAUUUGAGGCAUUAUUCUAAGUCCCAACAAAAUCAAAAAAGAAUCACGAUGUCUGCUAUGGCUAGAGGAACCGAAACAAUGGGAACGUGGCGUGACCCGAAAAAAAUAACGCAGAGGAAUAGACCACUUUGUUCACUGCGCAGAAAAACGGUAAAAUAUAUUUAA